AUGGAUAAUAUUUCUAAUGUUAAUUUUUAUACUACGGAAACAGUGAAAGUAUUGCAAGAAAUUAUUUUAACAAAUAACAAGCACGGAGACAUAUAUGAAGCCGAAUGCACUGAUUUGUCGGCGAUCCUUAAACAAUGGCGGAGAAAAACAAUAUUAAAGAAUAACAGUAAUACAGUGGAAGAAAAUUUCAAUCGGACAUCUAAAAAAGAUUUAGGUUUAGUAAAUAUCGAAGAGGCACGGUACAAAUCGAAGUCUGUUCCUAUGAGGAAUCAUGAAGUCAGUUAUCCUUAUCCUUUCACAGAUUAUAUUCAUCCACGCUUUUGCGCCGAUUUUUCAUCUAUAAGUACUUAUAGCAAGCCGCAUCAUCGAUUAGUCAGAAAUCUGAAAUCAAUUACAGUUAAUUAUGAAUCGCAUUUAAGGCACGCUCAUGAGAAAUUGAAAAAAUCAACUAAAUCAGAAAACAUGAGAAAAAGAAAUACUAGAAUCAAAAGAGAUAUAGAUGAAAUAACACCAGAUUAUUUUAAGAAAGAACUUACUGCAUACCAAGAAGUAAUAAAAAUAGUAACAGAACCAUAUAUUGAAUCACAGUUAACAUAUAAUACUGAACAUCAAAAUGAAAUAGAUAUAUUAAAGACAACAUUGAGUUGGCAAGAUGAACAAAUAGAUAUUGCAACACCUACCACAACUGUAGAAACGUACAGAUUCCGUACACCAGAAACAAUGGAUAUAAAAAUACCAAUACCAUUCUGGACUGAGACAGAAACUACAAUCGAAUCCACAACAACUACAUUAAUUAUAACAACAACGACAACAGAAUCUACUACAACGGAAAAAACAACGAUAACAACUAUAUUACCUGAAACACCAACUGAAGAAGAAUAUUAUUUUCGUAUACCAGAAAGAAUGCAUAUAAAAAUACCAAUACCAUUCUGGACUGAGACGGAAUCUACAAUCGAAACUACAACGAUUACGAUAUACACUACAACCACAAUUGAACUUACCACAAUAACGGAAACAACAACUAUUACAACGCCAGAAACUACAACAGAAACCACAACAAUAAUUACAACUACAGUGGCUCCUACUACAACUCAAGAAACAACUGAAGAAACGACAACAUCGCCAGAAACAACAACUAUUCCGACAACACCAGAAACUACAAUAAAAAGUCCAACUCCGCCAAUCACUACAACUGUAGUUCCUACCACAACUGAAGAAACAACUACAACGACAAUAACAACGACAACAUCGCCUGAAACAACAACAAUUACUACAACUACACCAACAACUAUUACCACAACACUUCUACCAGAAACAACAACGGAAAGUACAACUCCGCCUAUCACAACAACUACUGUAGUUCCGACUACAAUUGAAGAAACUACUGUAACCACGACUACGUCGCCAGAAACAACUACAACAACGAUAACUACUACAACAUCUGUACCUGAAACUACAACGGCAAGUCCAAUUCCACCAACCACUACAACUACUGUAGUUCCUACUACAACUGAAGAAACAACUAUAACCACAACAACGUCGCCAGAAACAACAACUACACCAACAACUAUCACCACGACAUCUGUGCCAGAAACUACAACGGAAAGCACAACUUCACCAACCACUACAACAACUAUAAUUCCUACUACAACUGAAGAAACAACCAUAACCACGACAACGUCGCCAGAAACAACUACAACAACGACAAUUACCACAACAUCUCUGACAGAAACUACAACAGAGAGUCCAACUCCGCCAAUCACUACAACUAUAAUUCCUACCACAACUGAAGAAACAACUACAACGACAAUAACAACGACAACAUCGCCUGAAACAACAACAAUUACUACAACUACACCAACAACUAUUACCACAACACUUCUACCAGAAACAACAACGGAAAGUACAACUCCGCCUAUCACAACAACUACUGUAGUUCCGACUACAAUUGAAGAAACUACUGUAACCACGACUACGUCGCCAGAAACAACUACAACAACGAUAACUACUACAACAUCUGUACCUGAAACUACAACGGCAAGUCCAAUUCCACCAACCACUACAACUACUGUAGUUCCUACUACAACUGAAGAAACAACUAUAACCACAACAACGUCGCCAGAAACAACAACUACACCAACAACUAUCACCACGACAUCUGUGCCAGAAACUACAACGGAAAGCACAACUUCACCAACCACUACAACAACUAUAAUUCCUACUACAACUGAAGAAACAACCAUAACCACGACAACGUCGCCAGAAACAACUACAACAACGACAAUUACCACAACAUCUCUGACAGAAACUACAACAGAGAGUCCAACUCCACCACCCACUACAACUAUAAUUCCUACCACAACUGAAGAAACAACUACAACGACAAUAACAACGACAACAUCGCCUGAAACAACAACAAUUACUACAACUACACCAACAACUAUUACCACAACACUUCUACCAGAAACAACAACGGAAAGUACAACUCCGCCUAUCACAACAACUACUGUAGUUCCGACUACAAUUGAAGAAACUACUGUAACCACGACUACGUCGCCAGAAACAACUACAACAACGAUAACUACUACAACAUCUGUACCUGAAACUACAACGGCAAGUCCAAUUCCACCAACCACUACAACUACUGUAGUUCCUACUACAACUGAAGAAACAACUAUAACCACAACAACGUCGCCAGAAACAACAACUACACCAACAACUAUCACCACGACAUCUGUGCCAGAAACUACAACGGAAAGCACAACUUCACCAACCACUAUAACAACUAUAAUUCCUACUACAACUGAAGAAACAACCAUAACCACGACAACGUCGCCAGAAACAACUACAACAACGACAAUUACCACAACAUCUCUGACAGAAACUACAACAGAAAGUCCAACUCCGCCAAUCACUACAACUAUAAUUCCUACCACAACUGAAGAAACAACUACAACGACAAUAACAACGACAACAUCGCCUGAAACAACAACAAUUACUACAACUACACCAACAACUAUUACCACAACACUUCUACCAGAAACAACAACGGAAAGUACAACUCCGCCUAUCACAACAACUACUGUAGUUCCGACUACAAUUGAAGAAACUACUGUAACCACGACUACGUCGCCAGAAACAACUACAACAACGAUAACUACUACAACAUCUGUACCUGAAACUACAACGGCAAGUCCAAUUCCACCAAGCACUACAACUACUGUAGUUCCUACUACAACUGAAGAAACAACUAUAACCACAACAACGUCGCCAGAAACAACAACUACACCAACAACUAUCACCACGACAUCUGUGCCAGAAACUACAACGGAAAGCACAACUUCACCAACCACUACAACAACUAUAAUUCCUAUUACAACUGAAGAAACAACUAUAACCACGACAACGUCGCCAGAAACAACUACAACAACGACAAUUAUCACAACAUCUCUGACAGAAACUACAACAGAGAGUCCAACUCCACCACCCACUACAACUACUAAAAUUCCAACUACAACUGAAGAAACAACUGUAACGACGACAACAUCGCCAGAAACAACAACUACAUCAACGACUAUUAUUACAACCACAGAGAAAAUUAUUACUACAACAUCUGAACCAACAACGACAACGGAAACUACAACUCCACCACCCACUACAACAACUAUAGCUCCUACUACAACUCAAGAAACACUUAUAACCACAACAACGUCGCCAGAAACCACAACUACAAUAACAACCAUUACCACAACAUCUGUGCCAGAAACAACAAAAAGUCCAACUCCACCAACUACUACAACUACUGUCGUUCCUACUACAACUGAAGAAACAACUAUAACCACAACAACGUCGCCAGAAACCACAACGUCACCAAGAACUACUACAACAACACCUAUGCCAGAAACUACAACGGAAACUACAACUCCGCCAACCACUACAACAACUACAGUUCCUACUACAACUGAAAAAACAACUGUGACUAUCACAACGUCACUAGAAACAACUACAACAACGACAACUACUACAAUUACCCCUGAAACUACAACAGCAAGUCCAAUUCCACCGACCAUUACAACUACUGUACUUCCUACUACAACUGAAGAAACAACUAUAACGACGACAAUAUCGCCUGAAAUAACAACUAUGACUACAACUAUUACACCAACAACUAUUACCACAACACUUGUGCCGGAGACUACAACGGAAACUACAACUCCGCCAACUACUACAACUACUGUAGUUCCUACCACAAUUGAAGAAACGACUGUAACUAUAACUACAAUAGUAGUGUCGCCAGAAACAACCACAACUACGAUAACUACUACAACAUCUGUACCUGAAACUACAACGGCAAGUCCAAUUCCACCAACCACUACAACUACUGUAGUUCCUACUACAACUGAAGAAACAACUAUAACCACAACAACGUCGCCAGAAACCACAACGUCACCAAGAACUACUACAACAACACCUAUGCCAGAAACUACAACGGAAACUACAACUCCGCCAACCACUACAACAACUACAGUUCCUACUACAACUGAAAAAACAACUGUGACUAUCAUAACGUCGGCAGAAACAACUACAACAACGACAACUACUACAAUACCUGUGCCUGAAACUACAAGAGCAAGUCCAAUUCCACCAACUACUACAACUACUGUAAUUCCUACCACAACUGAAGAAACAACUAUAACGACGACAACAUCGCCUGAAAUAACAACUACUACUACAACUAUUACACCAACAACUAUUACCACAACACUUCUGCCGGAGACUACAACGGAAAGCACAACUCCGCCCACUACUACAACUACUGUUAUUCCUACUACAAUAGAGGAAACAACUGUAACCACGACUACGUCGCCAGAAACAACUAUAACAACGACCAUUACUACAACAUCUAUACCAAAAACUACAACAGAAAGUCCAACUUCACCAACUACUACAACUACUGUAGUUCCUACCACAACUGAAGAAACAACUAUAACGACAACAGCAUCGCCUGAAAUAACAACUACUACUACAACUAUUACACCAACAACUAUUACUACAGCACUUGUGCCAGAAACAACAACAGAAAGUACAACACCACCAACAACUACAACUACUGUAAUUCCUACUGCAAUCGCAGAAACGACUGUUAUCACGACAACGUCGCCACAAACAACUACAACAACGACAACUACUACAACACCUGUGCCUGAAACUACAACAGCAAGUCCACUUCCACCAACUACUACAACUACUGUAGUUCUUACCACAACUGAAGAAACAAUUAUAACGACGACAAUAUCGCCUGAAAUAACAACUAUUACUACAACUAUUACACCAACAACUAUUACCACAACAUUUGUGCCGGAGACAACAACGGAAAGCACAACUCCGCCUACCACUACAACUACUGUAGUUCCUACUACAAUAGAAGAAACAACUGUAACCACGACUACGUCGCCAGAAACAACUACAACAAUGACUAUUACCACAACAUCUAUACCAGAAAUUACAAUAGCAAGUCCAAUUCCACCAACUACUACAACUACUGUAGUUCCUACCACAACUGAAGAAACAACUAUAACGACGACAACAUCGCCUGAAAUAACAACUACUACUACAACUAUUACACCAACAACUAUUACCACAACACUUGUGCCAGAGACUACAACGGAAAGCACAACUCCGCCCACUACUACAACUACUAUUAUUCCUACCACAAUUGAAGAAACAACUAUAACCACGACCACGUCGCCAGAAACAACUACAACAACGACCAUUACCACAACAUCUAUACCAGAAACUACAACAGAAAGUCCAACUCCACCACCUACUACAACUACUGUAGUUCCUACUACAACUGAAGAAACAACUAUAACCACGACAAUAUCGCCUGAAAUAACAACUAUUACUACAACUAUUACACCAACAACUAUUACCACAACACUUCUGCCGGAGACUACAACGGAAAGCACAACUCCGCCCACUACUACAACUACUGUUAUUCCUACUACAAUAGAGGAAACAACUGUAACCACGACUACGUCGCCAGAAACAACUACGACAACGACUAUUACCACAACAUCUGUACAAGAAAUUACAACAGAAAGUCCAACUUCACCAAUCACUACAACUGUAAUUCGUACCACAACUGAAGAAACAACUAUAACAAUGACAACAUCGCCCGAAAUAACAACUAUUACUACAACUAUAACACCCACAACUAUUACCACAACACUUGUGCCAGAAACUACAACGGAAAGUACAACUCCACCAACAACCACAACUACUAUAGUUCCUACCACAAUUGUAGAAACGACUAUUAUCACGACAACGUCUCCAGAAACAACUACAACAACGACAAUUACUACAACACCUGUGCCUGAAACUACAACACCAAGUCCAAUUCCACCAACUACUACAACUACUGUAGUUCCUACCACAACUGAAGAAACAACUGUAACGACGACAAUAUCGCCUGAAAUAAUAACUAUUACUACAACUAUUACACGAACAACUAUUACCACAACACUUGUGCCGGAGACUACAACGGAAAGCACAAUUCCACCAACAACUACAACUACUGUAGUUCCUACCACAAUUGAAGAAACAACUAUAACAACGACAACAUCGCCUGAAAUAACAACUAUUACUACAACUAUUACCACUACAUCAAUACCAGAAACUACAACAGCAAGUCCAAUUCCACCAACUACUACAACUACUGUAGUUCCUACCACAACUGAAGAAACAACUAUAACAACGACAACAUCGCCUGAAAUAACAACUAUUACUACAACUAUAACACCAACAACUAUUAGCACAACACUUGUGCCAGAAACUACAACGGAAAGUACUACUCCACCAACAACUACAACUACUGUAACUCCUACCACAGCUGAAGAAACAACAGUAACCACGACAAUAUCGCCUGAAACUACAACUGAAAGUCCAACUACACCAACCACUAUAACGACUGUAGUUCCUACCACAAUUGUAGAAGCGACUGUAACCACGACAACAUCCGCAGUAACCACAACUACACUAACAACAAUUACCACAACAGAAACUACAACGGAAAGUCCAACUCCGCUAAUCACUACAACGACUGUAAUUCCUACUACAACUGAAGAAACAACUGUAACUACGACAGUGUCUCCAGAAACUACAACUACAUCAACUACUACAACUCUUAUCCCAAAAACUACAACAGAAAGUACAACUCCAAUAACUACAAGUACUGUAGUUCCUACCACAACUGAAGAAACAAUUGUAACGACGACAACAUCACCUGAAACAACAGUUAUUACUACAACUAUAACAUCAACAACUAUUACCACAACACUUGUGCCAGAAACUACAACGGAAAGUACAACUCCACCAACAACUACAACUACUGUAAUUCCCACCACACCUGAAGAAACGACUGUAACAACGACAACAUCGCCAGAAACGACAACUACACCAAUGACUAUUACUACUAUCACACCAACAACUAUUACCACAACACUUGUGCCAGAUACAACAACAGAAAGUCCAACUCUACCACCCACUAUGACUGUGAUUACUCCUACUACAACUGAAGAAACAACUAUAAUUACGACCACGUCGCUAGAAAUUACAACUACACCAACAACCACUACCGCCACACCUGUGCCAGAAACUACAACGGAAAGUCCAACUCUAUCUCCCACUACAACUGUGAUUACUCCUACUACAACUGAAGAAACAACUACAAUUACGAUAACAUCGCCAGAAACUACAACAGAAACUUCAACUUCGCCAACCACAACAACAACUGUAGUUCCUACCACAACUGAAGAAACAACUAUAAUGACGACAACAUCGCCAGAAACAACUACUAUUGUUACAACUACACCAACAACUAUUACCACAACACCUAUACCAGAAACUACAACGGAAAGUCCACCUCUACCACCCACUACAACUGUGAUUACUCCUACUACAACUGAAGAAACAAUUAUUACUACGACAACGUCGCCAGAAACUACAACUACGCCAACAACUAUUAUCAUAACACCUAUUCCAGAAACUACAACAGAAAGUCCAACUCUACCACCCACUACAACGGAGCUUACUCCUACUACAACUGAAGAAACAACUGUAAGUACGACAACGUCGCCAGAAACUACAACCGAAACUCCAACUCUACCACUUACCACAACUGAGAUUACUCCUACUACAACUGAAGAAACAACUGUAACAACGACAACAUCGCCUGAAACUGCAACCACACCAACAACUAUUACGACAACACCUAUGCCGGAAACUACAACGGAAAGUCUAACUGUGCCAACCACUAUGACUACCGUAUUUCCUACCACAACUGAAGAAACUAUUGUAACCACAACAACGUCGCUAGAAACCGCAACUACACUAACUAUUACCACAACACCUUUUCCAGAAACUACAACGGAACGUCCAACUGUGCCACCCACUACAACAACGGUGACCCCUACUACGAUUGAAGAAACAACCAUAACUACGACAACUUCGCCAAAAACAACAACUACACCAACGACUAUUACCACAACACUUAUACCAGAAACUACAACGGAAAGUACAACUCCGCCAUCCACUACAACUGAAGUUCCUACUACAACUGAAGAAACGACUUCAACCACAAUAACAUUGCCAGAAACAACAAUUACUACAGAAAGUCCAACUGUGCCUCCCACUACUCCUGUUGUUCCUACCACAACUGAAGAAACGAUUGCAACAACGACAAUAUUGCCAGAAACAACAACUACAUCAAUGAUUAUUACAACGACAUCUGUGACAGAAACUACAACGGAAAGUCCACCUACUGAAGUUCCUACUACCACUGAAGAAACUACUGCAACUACUGAAACUACGACAAUAUCACCAGAAGCAACAACUACACCAACGACUAGUACCACAACAACUGUGCCAGAAAUUACAACAAAAGUAACUUUACCAUUCACUACUGAAAUAAUACCUAUACUUCCACCAACAACGAUUGAGACAAUUAUAACGGAAACGUUACCAUUUACCACUACAUUACCUACACCAAGAAUAGAAGUUAUAAACACGACUACGGAAACACCCUUCAUUACUACAUUAACAACAGAAACUACGACUGAAACUGUUACGACAACAGUGAUUACUCCUAUAACUGUAACAACGGAAACAACAGAAACAACUGAAACAACCCACAUUACCACGAUAAUAAUAACUACACCAACAAUAGAGGUUACAACUACAACUACAGAAACACCGUUCGUUACUACAUUAACAACAAAAACGACAACUGAAACUGUUACAACAACAGAAGUAACUACUCCUGAAACAACUGUAACAACGGAAACAACUGAAAAGAUUGAAACAACACCCAUUAUUAAGAUUAUAGUAACUACACCAAUAAUAGAAGUUGUAAACACGACUACGGAAAUAACUUUCGUUACUACGUUAACAACAGAAACUACGACUGAGACUACAAUUAUCACAACGGUGACCACUCCAUUUACCACUGUAACAACGGAAACAACUCCUAUUACACCCACUACAGUAAUUACACCAACAAUGGAGGUUACAACUACAACUACAGAAACACCAUCCGUUACUACAUUAACAACAGAAACGACAACUGAAACUGUUACGACAACAGAAGUGACUACUCCUGAAACUACUGUAACAACGGAAACAACAGAAACGACUGAAACAACUCCCAUUAUCAAGAUUAUAGUAACUACACCAACAAUAGAAGUUAUAAACACAACUACGGAAACACCUUUCGUUACUACUUUAACAACAGAAACGACAACUGAAACUGUUACAACAACAGAAGUGACUACUCCUGAAACUACUGUAACAACGGAAACAACAGAAAAGACUGAAACAACUCCCAUUAUCAAGAUUAUAGUAACUACACCAACAAUAGAAGUUAUAAACACGACUACGGAAAGACCUUUCGUAACUACACUAACAACAGAAACGACAAUUGAAACUGUUACAACAACAGAAGUGACUACUCCUGAAACUACUGUUACAACGGAAACAACAGAAACGACUGAAACAACUCCCAUUAUCAAGAUUAUAGUAACUACACCAACAAUAGAAGUUGUAAACACGACUACGGAAACACCUUUCGUUACUACUUUAACAACAGAAACAACGACUGAGACUACAAUUAUCACGACAGUGACUACUCCAUUUACCACUGUAACAACGGAAACAACUCCUAUUACACCCACUACAGUAACUACACCAACAAUGGAGGUUACAACUACAACUACAGAAACACCGUUCGUUACUACAUUAACAACAGAAACGACAACUGAAACUGUUACAACAACAGAAGUAACUACUCCUGAAACUACUGUAACAACGGAAACAACAGAAAAGACUGAAACAACUCCUAUUAUCAAGAUCAUAGUAACUACACCAAAAAUAGAAAUUAUAAACACAACGACGGAAACACCUUUCGUAACUACACUGACAACAGAAACGACAAUUGAAACUGUUACAACAGAAGUGACUACUCCUGAAACUACUGUAACAACGGAAACAACUCCCAUUAUCAAGAUUAUAGUAACUACACCAACAAUAGAAGUUAUAAACACGACUACGGAAACACCUUUCGUUACUACUUUAACAACAGAAACAACGACUGAGACUACAAUUAUCACGACAGUGACUACUCCAUUUACCACUGUAACAACGGAAACAGCUCCUAUUACACCCACUACAGUAACUACACCAACAAUGGAGGUUACAACUACAACUACAGAAACACCGUUCGUUACUACAUUAACAACAGAAACGACAACUGAAACUGUUACAACAACAGAAGUAACUACUCCUGAAACUACUGUAACAACGGAAACAACAGAAAAGAUUGAAACAACUCCUAUUAUCAAGAUUACAGUAAGUACACCAACAAUAGAAGUUAUAAACACGACUACGGAAACACCUUUCAUAACUACACUAACAACAGAAACGACAAUUGAAACUGUUACAACAGAAGUGACUACUCCUGAAACUACUGUAACAACGGAAACAACAGAAAAGACUGAAACAACUCCCAUUAUCAAGAUUACAGUAACUACACCAACAAUAGAAGUUAUAAACACGACUACGGAAACACCUUUCGUAACUACACUAACAACAGAAAUAACGACUGAGACUACAAUUAUCACGACGGUGACCAUACCAUUUACUACUGUAACAACGGAAACAAUUCCUAUUACACCCACUACAGUAACUACACCAACAAUGGAGAUUACAACUACAACUACAGAAACACCAUUCGUUACUACAUUAACAACAGAAACGACAACUGAAACUGUUACGACAACAGAAGUGACUACUCCUGAAACUACUGUAACAACGGAAACAACAGAAACGACUGAAACAACUCCCAUUAUCAAGAUUAUAGUAACUACACCAACAAUAGAAGUUAUAAACACAACUACGGAAACACCUUUCGUUACUACUUUAACAACAGAAACGACAACUGAAACUGUUACAACAACAGAAGUGACUACUCCUGAAACUACUGUAACAACGGAAACAACAGAAACGACUCCCAUUAUCAAGAUUGUAGUAACUACACCAACAAUAGAAGUUAUAAACACGACUACGGAAACACCUUUCGUUACUACUUUAACAACAGAAACGACAACUGAAACUGUUACAACAACAGAAGCGACUACUCCUGAAACUACUGUAACAACGGAAACAACAGAAACGACUGAAACAACUCCCAUUAUCAAGAUUACAGUAAUUAUACCAAUAAUAGAAGUUAUAAACACGACUACGGAAACACCUUUCGUAACUACACUAACAACCGAAACAACGACUGAGACUACAAUUAUCACGACCGUGACCACUCCAUUUACUACUCUAACAACGGAAACAAUUCCUAUUACACCCACUACAGUAACUACACCAACAAUGGAGAUUACAAAUACAACUACAGAAACACCGUUCGUUACUACAUUAACAACAGAAACGACAACUGAAACUGUUACGACAACAGAAGUGACUACUUCUGAAACUACUGUAACAACGGAAACAACAGAAACGACUGAAACAACUCCCAUUAUCAAGAUUACAGUAACUACACCAACAAUAGAAGUUAUAAACACGACUACGGAAACACCUUUCGUUACUACUUUAACAACAGAAACGACAACUGAAACUGUUACGACAACAGAAGUGACUACUCCUGAAACUACUGUAACAACGGAAACAACAGAAACGACUGAAACAACUCCCAUUAUCAAGAUUACAGUAACUACACCAACAAUAGAAGUUAUAAACACGACUACGAAAACACCUUUCGUUACUACUUUAACAAAAGAAACGACAACUGAAACUGUUACAACAACAGAAGUGACUACUCCUGAAACUACUGUAACAACGGAAACAACAGAAACGACUGAAACAACUCCCAUUAUCAAAAUUACAGUAACUACACCAAUAAUAGAAGUUAUAAACACGACUACGGAAACACCUUUCGUAACUACACUAACAACCGAAACAACGACUGAGACUACAAUUUUCACAACUAUUACCACUCAAAUAACGACUAUAACAACGGAAACAACGGAAACCACUGAAACAAUGGAAAUUCCUACUACUACACCUACAGUAACUACGCCAAUAGUAAUUAUAAACACAACGACGGAAACACCUUUUAUUACUACGUUAACAACAGAAACCACAACUGAGACUACAAUUUUAACAACUAUUACUACUCCUAUAACUAUUAUCACUGAAACAACGGAAACGACUGAAACAACAGAAACCACUGAAACAACGGAAAUUUCUACUACUACACCUACAGUAACUACGCCAAUAAUAGAAAUUAUAAACACAACGACGGAAACACCUUUUACUACUACGUUAACAACAGAAACCACAAUUGAGACUACAAUUUUCACAACUAUUACCACUCCAAUAACGACUAUAACAACGGAAACAACGGAAACCACAGAAACAACGGAAACUACUGAAACAACGGAAACUAUUGAAACAACGGAAACCACUGAAACAACGGAAAUUCCUACUACUACACCUACAGUAACUACGCCAAUAAUAGAAGUUAUAAACACAACGACGGAAACUCCUUUCAUUACUACGUUAACAACAGAAACCACAACAGAGACUACAAUUUUCACAACUAUUACCACUCCAAUAACGAAUAUAACAACUGAAACAACGGAAACCACUGAAACAACGGAAAUUCCUACUAUUACACCUACAGUAACUACACCAAUAAUAGAAAUUAUAAACACAACGACAGAAACUCCUUUUACUACUACGUUAACAACAGAAACCACAAUUGAGACUACAAUUUUCACAACUAUUACCACUCCUAUAACGACUAUAACAACGGAAACAACGGAAACCACAGAAACAACGGAAACUACUGAAACAACGGAAACUAUUGAAACAACGGAAACCACUGAAACAACGGAAAUUCCUACUACUACACCUACAGUAACUACGCCAAUAAUAGAAGUUAUAAACACAACGACGGAAACUCCUUUCAUUACUACGUUAACAACAGAAACCACAACAGAGACUACAAUUUUGACAACUAUUACCACUCCAAUAACGACUAUAACAACGGAAACAACGGAAAUUCCUACUACUACACCUACAGUAACUACGCCAAUAAUAGAAAUUAUAAACACAACGACGGAAACACCUUUUAUUAUUACGUUAACAACAGAAUCCACAACUGAGACUACAAUUUUCACAACUAUUACCACUCCUAUAACGACUAUAACAACGGAAACAACGGAAAUUCCUACUACUACACCUACAGUAACUACGCCAAUAAUAGAAAUUAUAAACACAACGACGGAAACACCUUUUAUUACUACAUUAACAACAGAAACCACAAUUGAGACUACAAUCUUCACAACUAUUACCACUCCAAUAACGACUAUAACAACGAAAACAACGGAAAUCACUGAAACAACGGAAAUUCCUACUACUACACCUACAGUAACUACGCCAAUAAUAGAAAUCAUAAACACAACGACGGAAACACCUUUUAUUACUACAUUAACAACAGAAACCUCAACUGAGACUACAAUUUUCACAACUAUUACCACUCCAAUAACGACUAUAACAACGGAAACAACGGAAACCACUGAAACAACGGAAAUUCCUACUACACCUACAGUAACUACGCCAAUAAUAGAAGUUAUAAACACAACGACGGAAACACCUUUUAUUACUACGUUAACAACAGAAUCCACAACUGAGACUACAAUUUUCACAACUAUUACCACUCCUAUAACGACUAUAACAACGGAAACAACGGAAAUCACUGAAACAACAGAAAUUCCUACUACUACACCUAUAGUAACUACGCCAAUUAUAGAAAUUAUAAACACAACGACGGAAACACCUUUUAUUACUACAUUAACAACAGAAACCACAAUUGAGACUACAAUUUUUACAACUAUUACUACUCCUGUAACCACUAUUACCAUUGAAACAACGGAAACCACUGAAACAACGAAAAUUCCUACUACUACACCUACAGUAACUACGCCAAUAAUAGAAAUUAUAAACACAACGACGGAAACACCUUUUAUUACUACAUUAACAACAGAAACCACAAUUGAGACUACAAUCUUCACAACUAUUAUCACUCCAAUAACGAAUAUAACAACGGAAACAACGGAAACCACUGAAACAACGAAAAUUCCUACUACUACACCUACAGUAACUACGCCAAUAAUAGAAAUUAUAAACACAACGACGGAAACACCUUUUACUACUACAUUAACAACAGAAACCACAACUGAGACUACAAUUUUCACAACUAUUACUACUCCAAUAACGACUAUAACAACGGAAACAACGGAAACCACUGAAACAACGGAAAUUCCUACUACUACACCUGCAGUAACUACGCCAAUAAUAGAAAUUAUAAACACAACGACGGAAACACCUUUUAUUACUACAUUAACAACAGAAACCACAAUUGAGACUACAAUUUUCACAACUCUUACCACUCCAAUAACGACUAUAACAACGGAAACAACGGAAAUCACUGAAACAACGAAAAUUCCUACUACUACACCUACAGUAACUACGCCAAUAAUAGAAAUUAUAAACACAACGACGGAAACACCUUUUAUUACUACAUUAACAACAGAAACCACAACUGAGACUAUAAUUUUCACAACUAUUACUACUCCAAUAACGACUAUAACAACGGAAACAACGGAAACCACUGAAACAACGGAAAUUCCUACUACUACACCUGCAGUAACUACGCCAAUAAUAGAAAUUAUAAACACAACGACGGAAACACCUUUUAUUACUACAUUAACAACAGAAACCACAAUUGAGACUACAAUUUUCACAACUCUUACCACUCCAAUAACGACUAUAACAACGGAAACAACGGAAAUCACUGAAACAACGAAAAUUCCUACUACUACACCUACAGUAACUACGCCAAUAAUAGAAAUUAUAAACACAACGACGGAAACACCUUUUAUUACUACAUUAACAACAGAAACCACAAUUGAGACUACAAUCUUCACAACUAUUACCACUCCAAUAACGAAUAUAACAACGGAAACAACGGAAACCACUGAAACAACGGAAAUUCCUACUACUACACCUACAGUAACUACGCCAAUAAUAGAAGUUAUAAACACAACGACGGAAACACUUUUUAUUACUACAUUAACAACAGAAACCACAACUGAGACUACAAUUUUCACAACUAUUACUACUCCAAUAACGACUAUGACAACGGAAACAACGGAAACCACUGAAACAACGGAAAUUCCUACUACUACACCUACAAUAACUACACCAAUAAUAGAAAUUAUAAACACCACGACGGAAACACCUUUUAUUAUUACUUUAACAAUAGAAACCACAACUGAAACUACAAUUUUUACAACUAUUACUACUCCUGUAACCACUAUUACCAUUGAAACAACGGAAACCACUGAAACAACGGAAAUUCCUACUACUACACCUACAGUAACUACGCCAAUAAUAGAAAUUAUAAACACAACGACGGAAACUCCUUUUAUUACUACUUUAACAACAGAAACUACAACGGAGACUACAAUUUUCACAACUAUUACCACUCCAAUAACGAAUAUAACAACUGAAACAACGGAAACCACUGAAACAACGGAAAUUCCUACUACUACACCUACAGUAACUACACCAAUAAUAGAAAUUAUAAACACAACGACAGAAACUCCUUUUAUUAUUACUUUAACAAUAGAAACCACAACUGUGACUACAAUUUUCACAAUUAUUACUAUUCCUGUAACCACUAUUACCACUGAAACAACGGAAACCACUGAAACAACAGAAAUUCCUACUACUACACCUACAGUAACUACACCAAUAAUAGAAAUUAUAAACACAACGACAGAAACUCCUUUUAUUACUACUUUAACAACGGAGACUACACUUUUCACAACUAUUACUAUUCCAAUAACUACUAUAAUAACGGAAGUUCUUAUUACUACACCUACAAUAACAACACCGAUGAUAGAAAUUAUAAACACAACUACCGAAACACUUUUUAUUACUACUUUAACAACGGAAACCAUGAUAGUUACAAUUCCUAUAACAACUACAAUCAUUGAAACACCUCCCAUUACGACUACUUUAAUAACUACACCAAUAAUAGAAAUUAUAAAUAUAACUACGGAAACAGUUUUUAUUACUAUAGAAACUACAAAUGAAACUACACCAUUUAUUAUUUCUCCAGUUAUAACAACUGAAUCAAUACCAAUUAUCAUAACUGAAAUAACGGAAACUACUUUCCACAUUAUCGAAAUUGUGAAUGUAACAACGGAAACGCCAAUUGUCACCACAGAAACACUUGAGAUUACAACGUAUCCAGUUAUUACAACCGAAACUAUUCCAUUUAUUGUGACAACCAAAACAACUUUUUCUGUCAUAAUGGAACUUAGCACUCCUCCUAUUGAAGUUAUAAAUGUGACUACCGAAUGGCCAUUGAUUACUGUUGAAACCAUAGAGACCAUUACUGAGUCUGCGAUUAUAACAACAGAAAUUACUGAAACAACUUUUUCUGUCAUCAUGGAAAUUACUACACCUAUUAUUGAAAUUAUAAAUGUAACUGAAACAACAAAAACUGUUACUACUGAAACUACAUUCCAUAUUAUUGAAGUUACGAAUAUAACUAUAGAAACUCCAUUUAUCACGACAGAAACAACAGAGACAACAACAAAGUAUCCAAUUAUUACGACAGAAACUACUCUAUUUAAUGUGACAACCGAAACAACUUUUUCCGUCAUCAUGGAAAUUACUACACCUAUUAUUGAAGUUAUAAAUGUAACUACCGAAACGACAGAAAGUAUUACUACUGAAACUAUAGAGACCACAACUGAAUCUGUAAUUGUAACAACUGAAACAAUGGAAACUACAUUCCAUGUUAUUGAAGUUACAAAUAUAACCAUUGAAACUCCAUUUAUCACGACAGAAACAACGGAGACAACAACGAAGUAUCCAAUUAUUACGACUGAAAUUACUCCAUUUAUCACAAUAGAAACAACGGAGACAACAACGAAGUAUCCAAUUAUUAUGACAGAAAUUACUCCAUUUAAUGUGACAACCGAAACAACUUUUUCUGUCAUCAUAGAAAUUACCACACCUCCUAUUGAAGUUAUAAAUAUAACUACCGAAACGACAGAAACUGUUACUACUGAAACUAUAGAAACCACUGAAUUUGUAAUUGUAACAAUUGAAACAACGGAAACUACGUUUCAUGUUAUUGAAGUUACAAAUAUAACUAUUGAAACUCCAUUUAUCACGACAGAAACAACGGAGACAACAACGAAAUAUCCAAUUAUUACGACAGAAACUACUCUAUUUAAUGUGACAACCGAAACAACUUUUUCCGUCAUCAUGGAAAUUACUACAUCUCCUAUUGAAAUUAUAAAUGUGACUACUGAACGGCCAUUGAUUACUACUGAAACCACAGAGACUACUACUGAGUCUAUAAUUACAACAGAAAUUACUGAAACAACUUUUUUUGUCAUUAUGGAAAUUACUACACCUAUUAUUGAAGUUAUAAAUGUAACUACCGAAACGACAGAAAUUAUUAUUACUGAAACUACAUUCCAUAUUAUUGAAGUUACAAAUAUAACCAUAGAAACUCCAUUUAUCACGACAGAAACAACGGAGACUACAAUGAAGUAUCCAAUUAUUACGACAGAAACUAUUCCACCUAUUGUGAUAAAUGAAACAACAGAAACUACAUUACAUAUUAUUGAAGUUACGAAUAUAACCACAGAAACUCCAUUUAUUACGACAGAAAGAAUAGAGACUACAACAAAAUAUCCAAUUAUUACAAUAGAAACUACUCCAUUUAUUGUGACGACUGAAACAACUACAUUACAUAUUAUUGAAGUUACGAAUAUAACUGUAGAAACUCCAACACCUAUAGAAACGCCAAAGACUACAAUUGAAUAUCCAACAGUUCCCAUAACAAUUGAAACAACUUCUUCUAUUUUAGUAGAAAUUACCACACCAAUCAUCGAACUUAUAAAUGUGACUACCAUAACUCCGUAUAUUACUACUGAAACCAUAGAAACCACUAUUGAAUUAAUAGUUACUACUGUAGAAUAUCCUGUUAUAAUUACUACGUCAACGAUAAUGCCUUGGGAAAUUACCACUCCCUAUCCUGUAAUCGAAACAGUUACUACAACUGUCACUCCAGAAACCAUAACUGAAGUAAUGGAAACAGAGUAUGAGGAAUAUGAAGAAUAUGAAGAAGAAGAAACACUUAGUCCAGCUUGGGAAGAAUACGUAGAAGAAACAAUAGAGACUACAACAAAAUAUCCAGUUGUUACGAUAAAAACUACUUCACCUAUUGUGACAAUUGAAACAACAGAGACUACAACAAAAUAUCCAAUUGUUACGAUAGAAACUACUCCACCUAUUGUGACAACUGAAACAACAAAGACUACAACAAAAUAUCCAGUUGUUACGAUAGAAACUACUACACCUAUUGUGACAAAUGAAACAACAGAGACUACAACGAAAUAUCCAAUUGUUAAGAUAGAAACUACUCCACCUAUUGUGACAAUUGAAACAACAAAGACUACAACAAAAUAUCCUGUUGUUACUAUAGAAACUACUCCACUUAUUAUGACAACUGAAACAACAAAGACUACAAUAAAAUAUCCAGUUGUUACGAUAGAAACUACUACACCUAUUGUGACAAAUGAAACAACAGAGACUACAACGAAAUAUCCAAUUGUUAAGAUAGAAACUACUCCACCUAUUGUGACAAUUGAAACAACAAAGACUACAACAAAAUAUCCAGUUGUUGCGAUAGAAACUACUACACCUAUUGUGACAAAUGAAACAACAGAGACUACAAAGAAAUAUCCUGUUGUUACUAUAGAAACUACUCCACUUAUUGUGACAACUGAAACAACAAAAACUACAACAAAAUAUCCAGUUGUUACGAUAGAAACUACUACACCUAUUGUGACAAAUGAAACAAGAGAGACUACAACGAAAUAUCCAAUUGUUAAGAUAGAAACUACUCCACCUAUUGUGACAAAUGAAACAACAGAGACUACAACAAAAUAUCCAGUUGUUGCGAUAGAAACUACUACACCUAUUGUGACAAAUGAAACAACAGAGACUACAACGAAAUAUCCUGUUGUUACUAUAGAAACUACUCCACUUAUUGUGACAACUGAAACAACAAAGACUACAAUAAAAUAUCCAGUUGUUACGAUAGAAACUACUACACCUAUUGUGACAAAUGAAACAACAGAGACUACAACGAAAUAUCCAAUUGUUGCGAUAGAAACUACUACACCUAUUGUGACAAAUGAAACAACAGAGACUACAACGAAAUAUCCAAUUGUUGCGAUAGAAACUACUACACCUAUUGUGACAAAUGAAACAACAGAGACUACAAAGAAAUAUCCUGUUGUUACUAUAGAAACUACUCCACUUAUUGUGACAACUGAAACAACAAAAACUACAACAAAAUAUCCAGUUGUUACGAUAGAAACUACUACACCUAUUGUGACAAAUGAAACAACAGAGACUACAACGAAAUAUCCUGUUGUUAUUAUAGAAACUACUACUGAAUCUACAAUCACGACACCGACACCACCAAUCGAGACAACUACGAAAGAAGUUAUUAAAGUAGAAGUAACAAUACCUAAAGUAGAUGUUAACAUAACUACUCCUUUCAUACCGAUUCCUGAAAUCGUUUCUACUCCACCAUUAUUUACAACAUUUACAUAUACUUUAGCACCUACUUUGGAAUUCACUACGGAAUCUUUGCCUUUCGAAUAUGAAGAUAAUAUUACUGAUAUAAUUUUUACUCCUUUUAUAUCUCCACCUACCACAAAACCGAUUAUAAUUACUCCUUUAAUUAUAACUCCGACUAUAACAUUAACUACUUCGACUAUAACGUUAACUACUCCGAUUAUAACAUUAACUACUCCAACUAUAACGUUAAUUACUCCGAUUAUAACAUUAACUACUCCGACUAUAACGUUAACUACUCCGACUAUAACGUCAACUACUCCGACUAUAACGUUAACUACUUCGACUAUAACAUUGACUACUCCAACUAUAACGUUAACUACCCCGACUAUAACGUCGACUACUCCAACUAUAACGUCAACUACUCCGACUAUAACGUCAACUACUCCGACUAUAACGUUGACUACUUCGACUAUAACAUUGACUACACCGACUAUAACGUUAACUAUCCCGACUAUAACGUCAACUACUCCGACUAUAACGUUAACUACUCCGACUAUAACGUUAACUACUCCGACUAUAACGUCAACUACUCCGAAUAUAACGUUGACUACUUCAACUAUAACGUUGACUACUCCGACUAUAACGUCAAUUACUCCGACUAUAACGUUGACUACUCCGACUAUAACGUUGACUACUCCGACUAUAACGUUAACUACUCCCACUAUAACGUUAACUACUUCGACUAUAACGUUAACUACUCCCACUAUAACGUUAACUACUCCGACUAUAACGUUAAUUACUCCGACAACAUUAAUUACACCAACUUUAAUGUUAACUACUCCGACUAUGAUUACUCCAGAAAAAAUCACUCCCGUACCAACGACAGUCAAAUUUACACCCAUCACAGAUGAGAGUCAAAAGCAUACCCGCAAUCUUGAAUUGAUGGAACAAUUGGAAAGAAAACUGAAGGAAAUGGAUAAGAAGAUGAAAGAUAUUGAAAGAGAAGAGAUAGAGUUAGAUAAAGAAGAAGAAGAAUGGCAGAACCAUAAAGCGAAAAUAAUAAGUAAUUUAUUACAAAGACAAAAGAUGAUGAAGGCUUAUGUUGCCACUAAAGCAAUAGAAGCUUUACAUGAAAUAACACAAACAACCAUCGGUGAGCAUGUGAUAGAUACCGAGACGACAAGACCCAAAAUAAAAAUGAUAACUCUUUCUCCUUUCUUGACGACCGAUGCAUUUGAGAAAAGACUUAGAAUGUUAGAGGUAGAAUUUUGGGAGAGAGAAAAAUGGAUAAAGGAACUAGAGAGGAGAUUAUUUGAAAGAGAGAAGAGAUUCAAGAAAGAUCAGGAAGAUUUUGAAAAAUUAACUUCUGAACCAACAGAAACAAUACGAGAUUGUUGUUUACGUACAACGCCACCUUUUUCGCCACUUCCACCUACGGAAAGAACGACGAUCGAUAUUCGAGAACCAACUAUUGCACCUAAAAAAGACACUACUAUUGUCACUGAGGAAGAAAUAGAGAAAGAAACAAUGACCGAAGAAACAAUGACUAAAGAAACAGUAACCGAAGAAACAAUAACCGAAGAAACAAUAAAAAGAUUGACGCCGAAAAGAUUUGUAACAACGAAGAAGUGUGUAACUGUUUUAAGAUCAAAAGUUGUGGGUAAAGGCAUGGUGACCGAACGAGUUUGCGUACCAUAUGCUCUAAGUAAGGAAGAAGAGGGGAAAACGAAAAUUGUCACGUUGCAUCUUGAAGAACACGAGUGGACAGAAGGUCCAUUUGCAACGAAUUAUAUGACAUCGCAGACGGAGACCGAGGAGUACAAUAAUGAAAAUAAAAAAUCGAUCGAGCAGAAUCGAAUUAAGGACAAAGAUGGAAACACGAAAAUUGUUGUAUUGCAUCUCAAGGAACAUGAAUGGACCGAAGGUCAAUUUACAACGAAUUAUAUGACACUGCAGACAGAAAUCGAAGAAGUUGAUCGUGAAGAAACGAUAGAACGCGAACAAUUUACACCAGAUAUAGACGAAGAAAAAACUGUUUGUCCUGAUUAUCCAUUAUACAAAAUUACCGACGAUAAGAUGAAGACGACUCAAACACCAAGCGAAGACGAAGAAGAAAAAACAAAACUUUUUGCGUUGCGUCUUAAAGAGCACGAGUGGAUAGAAGGUCCGUUUACAAUGGAUUAUGUGACACCGCUGACGGAGAUCGAGGAAAACGAGAAUGAAAAUAAAAGAUCGAUCGAACGGAAUCGAUUUAAGCGAAACAUUAACGAGAAAAAUGUUGUUUGUCCUAAUUAUCAAUUGUAUAAUGUUACCGAUUAUAAAAUGACGACGAAUCAUUUAUUAAUUGACGAACCCUUUUGUAAAUAUGCAAAUUGUAAUUUUCAGUUGACAAGAAGUUUAACGAUCACUGAAGCAUCGAGAACCAAAUCUACGGAAAAAAUGAAUUGGAAAAUUGAUAAUAACAGGUAUAAAGUUCGAUCGAUGUUGCAAAUUAUUGAAGAUAAAGAAGUAGAAAAUGAUGACGAGAUAAUAGUGAAACAAAAUGAAUGGAAUGAUAGAAUUUAUGAUGGAAUUUAUGAGAAUCAAGUUGAAAGAAAUCUGAGGCAAGAGGAAGUUACAGAACCAUGGGAAAAUCAAGAUAAAGAAGAAGAAGAAGAAGAAAAAGAAUAUAAAGAAGAAGAAGAAAAAGAAGAAGAAUAUAAAGAAGAUUAUGAACCUGAGGAUAAAGAGGAUGAAGAAAUAGAAGAAACUACGGCACCAGAGGAAGAAGUAAUUGAAACACCAAUGAUGUAUCCACCAGAGGAAGAAGUAAUUGAAACACCAACGAUGUAUCCACCAGAAGAAGAAAAACCACCCAAGAAAAUUCACGAAGAAGAAGAAGAAACAACUGAAGAAGAAAAAACCAGACAACCACCUGGACCAGAAUGGCCAACAGAGCCUUUAACCAAUUACCAUGUGGGUGGCACUAGGACCUGGACGUUAGAGUAUCCAGAAGAGAAGCCACGCAAGCCAGAGGAUGAAGACGAAGAGGAUUUCAAAAGGGUCGGCAAACGGCCGGAAAAAACAACUUGUUACUAUGUUGUUCUUACUAAAGAUAAGAAAAGAUGUGAAAAUUCUGAGAGAGAUUACGACAAGGAAAAUGAUUUUGAAUCAUUCUUGAAGAAAAAUAUUCCAAAGGCAAAUAAGGAAUAUGCCAGAUAUAGAUAAAUGCAAAUGAAAAAAGAAUAUAUAAGUUUCGUUAGGAAAGUAGCUCUAUUGUUAUAGAAAGAUGAAGCAGUUUCCUUUCUUUUAAACUAAUUUUUUUUUCGAUAAAAUACACGUAAGAUUUAUCAGAAACAGAAGAAACGUAAAUCAGUGAAAUAACAGUAA